GUUUGCUGCGUUAGUUUUUCACUGAAAUUUCUUUUAUUUUAUAUAUUUAAAAUUAUGUAUUGAUUGCUAAACCUUCGAUGCUUUUUCUUUCAUACAUGUAAUAUUAAUGGAUGCCAAUAGACAGAACCAGACAGAUCUUCGGAUAACAUUGAAUUCGAUAGUACAAAACAUUUCGGCAACGGAAAACUCUAACGUUGACCAAUCUAAAGAUGCUUUAAUAAAAUAUAAAAACAAACGUCUUGCAGAUGUAUCUAGAGAUUUACAAACAAAAAAAGUGAAAAGGAAUACCCCAAUACUAAGAUACAAUCCAAUAUUUAAUACUCAAGUUUCUCAGUACAUAGAAAAUUCUCAGAAAAUUACAUCUGCAUAUCAACAGCUUGCUGGAGAGCUAUGUUUGCAGUUACUGAAUCAAAAUCAACAACAAUUGCAUUCAAAUUACUACGAAUCGCGUUGCCAUGAUCAUCAUAUAUCAGAUGAACAUUUGCAACAAGUAGAUAAUAAUUAUGAUAUGAGAACAAUAAGUGUAGAUAAAAAAAAUAUUAAUAUCACAAUUCAAUCAAAACCACAGAUUAAAAACGAGAUAGACAAAAUGUAUAAAAAUCAGCCUUCGUUAAACUUUGAUAGCAACAUACUAUUACCAAAUAUGAAACCGACAAGUCAGAUGCAAGAAAGAAUGGAUGAGGCAUUAGAAGCUAUUUUAUGUUUAACAUGUGACAAUAUUGUUAAACUUAAAAUCAUUACCAAGUCUGAUUUGGAGUUACUCAGUCCUAUAUUGAGAAACGUGAUCAGAGUUCGUAUUAUAAGUGUAUUGACUGGAAAUCCUGUACGUUCAAGAAGCGACAUAAUAGACAAAUACCUCGAGAGAUAUCCAAAAGAAACUAAUAUGAAACUUCUAGAAAGGUGCAGAAAAAGAUUAAAAAAUAAAUCUCCGUCAAAUAUAAAUAGCAAUGUAUUGUUACCAAAUAUGACUCCGACUAGUCAAAUGCAAGAAAGAAUUGACGAGGCAUUAGAAGCUAUUUUAUGUAUAACAAGUAAUAAUAUUGUCCAACAAUAUAACAUUACCGAAUCGGAUUUAGAAGUUUUUAGUUCUACACUUAGAAAUAUGAUCAGCGAUCGUAUUAUUGAUGUAUUAACUGGACACCCUGUACGUUCAAGGAGUGAUAUAAUAGAUAGUUACCUCCAGAGGUAUCCAAAAGAAACCGAUACUGAACUUCUUGAGCUGUGCAGAACAAAACAGAAUAAAAAUCAAUCUUUGUCAAAUGUUAACAGCCAUGAAUUACCAAGCAUGACAUUGACAAUUGAAAUGCAAGAAAACAUAGAUAAAGCAUUAGAUGCCAUUGUGUACGUAACAAAUAAAAAUGUUGCUACGCAUCAUACCGUUAAUGGCUCAGAUUUGGAGUUAUUUAGUCCUAUACUGAGAAAUAUGAUAAGCUAUCGAAUUACAAAAAUAGCAACGAUAUAUUCUGUGCACUCUAGAAGUGACAUAAUAGAGUUUUACCUCAAGAAAUAUCCGAGAGAAACGGAUAUUGAGUUUUUAAAACUAUACAGAAGCCGUGGUAACAGCUGUUAUAUACCAUACAUGAUUAAGACAGACUACCCCAUAGACUUUUUCAAAGGGAAUAUGACGAGAUUGAUAAAUAUUAAAAUGAAGAAAAUAAUUUGUGUUAUUGAAAAAAUGUUUAGAAAAACGAGGCGAAAGUUCCUACAUUUGCAAAAAACGAACCCAAAGCAUGAUUUAGAGAAAAGGCUUAAUUCUAACCGUUAUACGAAUUUUAUGGUGGAAAUAGAAUUUUCAAGACUGCUUGCUAAGUUUAAAAAUGAAAUUGUUCACAUGGUUCUCAAUAAGGAGUAUUCUCAAGCAAUACAAUCACAUGUUCUACGAUAAUAAUCAAUUAAGAUUUUAUGUAUUUUAAGCGACUUCCAAAUAGGAAGAGGGUAUACGUUUGGCUGUAUAUUU